AUGAUCGCCUUCAAAGCUCGGUGCUUGAUCUUCCUCUUUUUCCUUCUGGUCGAGCCUCAAAUAGUUUCUCCACUGAGCCACCUGCCGUCGCCGCAUAAAGGGACCGGGGGAAUGCAUCAACGUCUGCGACUCCUUACCGAACCCCGCGGAAACCCCAAUGUGACUGCUCUCGCAGAAGUCCUGACAACGAAAUGCUACGACUUCAGGAAGCCAUGUGGCAUUGGGAUCUUUCUAGAGGCGGGAGACGAUCACCGUAGCAAAAGGAAGGCCCUCGCACCAGCCUUCUCGCUUCGACAUAUCAAGAACCUGUAUAAGGUGUUCUGGGACAAGUCGCACGAAUUGGUAAAUGCGAUGACAGACCAGCUGUCAUGCAAGGAGAAGGAGCAGCAAAACACUCGACUUGCGUGUGACGAGUCCCCACCCAGUACCGGCGUGCUCGAUAUUGCAGAAUGGGCGAAUCGAGCAACGCUAGAUAUGAUUGGGAUUGCAGGUAUGGGUCGAGAUUUGGGGCAAUCCACAACCCGAACACGGACUUGUGCCAUCUUUCUUGCCAUAUUGCGUCUUCUGUUGUCUAAUUGGUUGGUAAAUCGUCUGCCCCUUCGACGGAACAAGGAAAUAGAGAGAGCCGUCCGCACGAUUCGGGGCGUGUGUGCCGAGUUGAUACAUCAGAAGCCCAAAUAUCUUUCAGAGAAUAGCAACCUCGAGCAUCGGGAUAUUCUCAGCGUCGCACUCCAGAACGGCGGCUUCAGCGAAGAGGGCCUCAUUGACCAGCUUGUGACAUUCUUGGCCGCUGGACACGAAACGACAGCAACAGCCUUCACUUGGGCAAUCUAUCUACUCUGUCAAUCCCCAGAUGACCACAAGAGUUCUUUCACAUACCAGAGCAUCGAUUCCAUGACCUAUUUGCACGCCGCUCCACCUGUACCAUUUACUAUUCGCGAAGCAGUGGCCGAUACAGUGAUUUUAAACCAGCCAACUCCCAAAGACACGAAGAUAAUGGUGGUUUCUCGAGCUACAAACCGAGAUGCGCAUCUCUGGGGCCCAGAUGCGCAGGACUUCAAGCCUAAAAGAUGGUUGAAACCAGACGCUCGAAGUAAUUACGCUACAGUGAUCUUUAUACAUGGGCCCCGGAGUCGCAUUGGGCAAUCGUCCGCAAAGGCUGAGUUUGCUAUCUUGCUGGCUGCCUUGGUGGGACGAUCUGAAUUCCAAUUGGAGGUUGACCGGCUUCUGGACGAGAGACGCAUGAAGGUAACCCGCACAGUAACUGCCAGGCCCGUCAAUGGGCUCCUCGUUAAGGCAACCCCUUUGGUAGGCUGGUAG